AUGCCUUCGUGUCAGAAUAUGGAUGGUAUUGGCGGCUGCAUCAGGGGCAUCUGCAUCCUUUGGAGGCGUUCCGAGAGGAAAGAUGUCGCACAGCACGGCUUCUUUGGCGAAGGCCUGGCCGAAAUUGAUGCUCGGCGGGAGGAUUCGGUUGUCAUACCCGACCGGCUCAUCGUUGCAGAGAAUGGUGAACGAGGACCAAGUGAAGGCAAGCUUGGUGCCCUUGCAUUGGCCAUCGGACUUCGAUUGGACAAGUCGCCAUAUCGACAGGACGUUUGCCUGCUACUUUAUCGGACUUCAUCUGGCGAGGCAGGGCAGUUGCUUGCCGAAGUUGGUACCGAUCUGCGAGCACAAGGAGCCGCAGUUGGCGCCACCACAACAGCGCUAGCAAAGCUACUCCUUCGGCAGGCUGCUCGUACACCUCUCGAAGGAGUGACUGGAGUCGUUCUUGCAGGAGGGAAGCCACAUACCUGUCCGACACCUUCGCUUUUGGAUCGUGAGCUCAUGUCCCAGCACCUGAAACCCCAGGUUCCGGUACUGUGCGCCUGGAUUUCAGACAACCCAUCUCCUGCUGGCCGGAUGAAGCUUUGGUCUUCCACGGUUGCAAGUCUUUAUCCAUGGUCUGCGAAGAGGCUGGGCAAGGUUGGCGAACUUCUGGAGCUCCCACAGCACAAACGCCUUUUCCAUGAGACGUGGCAGGCACGCAACAAGUUGAGUCUGGACGUGGCUUGGCCAUGGGAGUGCUUUUCGCCAGCGGACACAUCAAUGCCCUUUCUUGCGCAGAGGACGGCGCGAGUAAACCUGUUCCACCUUGUUUGGACCGGGAAGUUAUUCUGCUCGUAUCGUGCUUGGAGGAAGGCAAAAACGAAGCCGGCGAUCCUGUGCUCCUGCUUCUUGUGGAUGUCGACGGCAGGCUUCGCUCGCCGCAAGCACAGGCAAGAGAUUACAUGCUGCAGCGUGGCUUUCCCAAUUUACAUGUCUUGGUACUCGACGAGGCAUGCGACAAACCGGUUGCAGUCACCUGUCAACAACUCGCUGGAGAAUGGCCUGAGGUCGCAGGCCUUCCGACAAUGCUAUGCGGAGGGAGGCUGGCCGCGCUUUUAUCGAGGGCUACUGCCAGAAAUGGUUGGCAAUGUGCCCACCCGUACAGCUAUGUUUGCCGGCAAAGACUUCUCGUCUAGGCUCUUGGAAUCCAAUGGCUACCAGCGGUCUUGUGCGAGAGAGGGUGUGGCCGGUUUCUGCUCCGGGCUUCCAGAAGCACUUGUGACAACGCCGUUUCAAGUUGUCAAAGUUCGUAUGCAGAGCAAGGAGCUUGUGCAGUUUUAUCGCAACGACUUCGAUUGCCUGGUCAAAGUAUUGUCGGAGGAAGGUGCGAUGGCACUCUUCACGGGAUUAUCCACAACAGUGAUUCGAAAUUCUGUUUGGAAUGGUAUCUAUUUCGGGGCCAUCGCAAAGCUGUCGGAUUUGAGUGGCCCUGGACCCGACGGAUUGGCUGGCGAAAUCCAGAAUCUGGUUACUGGGCUGUGUGCUGGAAUUGUGGCAACGUUAUUUGAUGCUCCACUGGACGUGGUGAAGAGCCGGAUCCAGGAAAGCAGACCUACAGCUCGCAGGACGCUGCCUGCAACACUUCUUGAGCUUUCGCGAGAAGGAGGAAUUCCCGCAUUGUACAAGGGCUUUGUGCCUAAAGCUUGGAGGAUGGGGAUUGGAGGUGCAGUUGGCUUCGUAACCUUUGAGUUUGUGCAUCGUGCCCUGACUGCGAGAGACAGACUAGCUUGA